ACUGAUUUAAUUAUCUACUGACCAAUAGCAAAGAAACAAGUAAGAUUUGUAAAGAAACAGAUGUUAAGUCAGUAUCUCAUAUGAGUAAAAUUGUCAGACCGGAAACAGCUAUAUUAGUGAGAAGAUCUACAGAAAGCAUGUCGAAGAGGGAAGAAAAAAGGCCUGUAAUUCCUCCUCGAAGACCAGGUUUUAAAGUCUGCUACAUUUGUGGUAGAGAGUUUGGCUCAAAGUCAAUUGCCAUCCAUGAACCCAAAUGCCUCGAAAAAUGGCACAUGGAGAAUGAAAGUCUUCCAAAACAUCUCAGACGAGCAGCUCCAAUUAAACCUCAGGUUUGUAUAGGUGGCUCAGAUGAGGCUUCAAAUGAGGCUGCCUGGCAAAGUUCCCAAUCACAACUUUUACUAUGUGGGAACUGUGGCCGUACAUUUCUUCCAGAUCGGCUUCUUGUGCACCAAAGAAGUUGCAAACCGAGUGGUAAGAGUUUAGGAUCUCAGCAUUCCACUUCUAACCAGACAUUAACAAAUCAAAAUUCAAUGCCAGAAUCUAAAAUGGGCAGUGGGUUUUCCAAUGCAAUGAAUCCUCACAACUCAGUAAAGCCAAGGACAUUAAUUUGUUACAUAUGUGGACGAGAGUUUGGAACUAAAUCUCUUCCAAUACAUGAACCAAAGUGCCUUGAGAAAUGGAAAAUAGAAAACGAUAGGUUACCUAAAGGUCAACGAAGGCCUAUUCCUCUGAAGCCUCAAGUGGAUUUGUCUAAAGGAGCAAGUCUAGAAUUACAAAAUGAAGCUUCUUGGCAGAGUUUUAAGGGUCAACUGUUGCCAUGUUCAAACUGUGGCAGAACCUUUGCAAGUGACCGCCUCGUAAUCCAUCAGAGAAGCUGUAAACCUAAGGCUGGAGCUUCAAACAAGAAAAAUAUAAAUAUGCAAAGUACUAAAUCAAUGCUCAAAAAUGAAGAUCCUGAUAUUCCAAAUCAAAAGCCACCAGUUAUUAAGCCACCCCCAACAGUUGUAUGCUACAUUUGUGGAAGGGAGUUUGGAUCAAAAUCUAUCAGCAUCCAUGAACCUCAGUGCUUGAAGAAAUGGCAUCUGGAAAAUGACAGGUUACCAAAGAAUAUGCAAAGACCUGAACCAAAGAAGCCAGAAGUCAGGUCGAUUGGAGCCAAAGGUUCCUAUGAUCUUGUUGCUAUAAAUGAGGCAGCCUGGCAGAGUGCCAAGAGCCAGCUGGUUCCAUGUGAUAUUUGUGGACGCACCUUCCUGCCAGACAGACUCCUUGUCCACCAGCGGUCCUGUAAAGCGAAGAAAACAUAGUAGCGUGAUCGCCGU